AUGGGCUCUCUGGGCAUAUUUAGGGUGUUGCGGACUGCAAUUCGGAAUUAUGCCACUCAGGCGAAGAGAGGCACCCGGCUCGGCAAGGCUUUGAGCUUGGAUCAUUUUCUUCAGCGCUCGCGAGUCCUAUCAUUAUAUCGGACUAUCCUGCGUGGCACGAAGCAGAUCAGCGACCGAGGCACUCGCGCGGAGACGCGGAGCUUUGCGCGGGCUGAAUUUGAAAGGCACCGUGAUGUGACGGAUUUGGGACAUAUAAGGUAUUUGCUCUCGACCGGAAAGACGGAGUGGGAGAACAUGGAGAAAUAUGUUGCCGGCAUGUAG